CACAAUAUCUUUUCUGUUCUAUCAACAAAAAACUUUGGAGAGCUUUCUAGUUUUUUUUUUCUUUUCAUUUGUUAUAUAAUGGAGUUUGUGAUAUCGAAACGAGUCCAAUCGGAGGAUGGAGAAGAGAGCUUAAAAGAGGAGCAAGUGUCUAAGCAGCUACAUCUGAAAUCGUCGGAAACGCAAACGCAGACGCUGAACAAAAGAGCCGUCCUCAACCGCAUCCGCAACCAUAAAUGUAUUCACAAAAUAAAGAGUCUUCUUCACACCACCACCGCUAAUAAUGGUUCCACCGUCGACGCUGAUUACCGGUGGAUUGAUGGCGGCGAUGUCUUCUCUUGUCCGUAAAAGUUAUUUUGACACGUGUACGUCCACGCGUGUAUUUGUGAUUCUCUUGUCUCUCUCUUCCUGUAUCGAGAAAUUAACUGAAGCUGUCUUAAAUGAAUCAUAAUAAAAUUGUAGAGAUUUAUUA